AUGGCUGGCGGUUUUGUGGUCUUGAACUGGUUAAUCUCCAUCACCAGCGCUUCCUUCUUUUGCGACUGGAUCAUCAUCUCCUUCACCAAUUGGCAAUUCCACAAGGCUAUUAGGGCCCAGGACGACCCGCUCUUCAAGCAGGUUUAUGCCUGGAGGUCUUCGGCGUGGCCACUUGCUCCCGGUUGGCUGAUGCUGACCUCUCUACUGUUGCUUGUAUUCUGUCUCGUCUGUGGCAUCACCCCAAUUGAUGGCUCCGGCUUCACCGCGGAGAACUUUUUCCAGCACACGAUCGGCCUGCUCAUCAUUAUCGUCUUUACACUGGGGUACAAAUCAAUUUAUAGGACUCAAUGGCGGGAUCCAAAAACAGCCGACUUGGUGACUGGCAGGCGUACGCUCAGCGUUGAAGAAAUCACCGAGUUGGACAACUACUAUGAGAUGCCCAAGUCGAGGAGGUUCCUGACAUAUAUCCAGUUGUGGUAG